AUGGAACAUGCCAUGAAUGGAGAUUGCAGGAUGUUCUACACAUCUUCUCAAGCGAGAUUGCAGGAUGCCUGCUGUGAAAUACUUACUGUGAAAUUUGACAAUGAGGAUGGAUCACUGUCCUACGCUGAACAGGAGACAGAGGUUACAACUGUGAUUUGUGGGAACAAAGAACUAAAGAAACUUGUAGAGAUAAGUGGACAACUUGACACAGUGAAACGUGUAAUAUGUAUGGAUGAUGAGAUCCCCUCAAAUGCUUCGAUAAUUGUGAGCAGCAGUGGCUGGACAAUCACUACUUUUUCUGAUGUAGAGAAACUUGGCCAUGAGAAUCCUUCUGAUGCAGAUUUACCAGUUUCAGCUGAUAUUGCUGUCAUAAUGUACACAAGUGGGAGUACUGGUUUGCCCAAGGGUGUGAUGAUGACCCAUGGCAAUGUUUUAGCCACACUUUCCGCUGUCAUGACAAUUGUGCCUGGUCUUGGAGGCAAGGAUGUUUAUUUAGCAUACCUACCACUGGCCCAUAUUCUUGAAUUAGCAGCUGAGAAUGUUAUAGCUGCCGUUGGAAGUUCUAUAGGAUAUGGAUCUCCUUUGACUCUUACUGAUACCUCAAACAAGAUUAAGAGGGGAACAAAAGGGGAUGCCUCUAUGUUAAGGCCAACAUUAAUGACUGCAGUCCCAGCAAUUCUUGAUCGUGUUCGAUAUGGUGUGCGUAAGAAGGUUUGUGCAACCAUAUAUGCGCAAUAUGUACAUUAA